AUGAAAAUGAUGAAGACAAUUUUGAGUUUGGUUGUGAUGGCGGCGGUGUUGAUGGGAAUGGCGGCGGCCGUAAAUUACACGGUCGGAAGUCCAGACGUUUUCGGAUACACCACCAACCACGACGUGACUGAAGUUUCCAGCUCAGAUUAUGAAUCAUGCACCGCAACCAACCCUCUUCAGCCGCCUUUCACCGGCGGCGCCGCCGUUGUACCCCUCACUUCCGCCGGCACCAGGUACUUCAUCUGCGGCACCGGCGGCCACUGCAUCAGCGGCAUGAAGCUCGCCAUCACCACCAUCGCCGCCUCCUCCCCACCGCCGGCCUCCUCCCCGCCGCCGCCAUCCACCACCACCUCGCCGCCGCCAUCCAAAACUACGACUCCCUCGCCGGCGCCGCCGCCAUCGAAAAGUACUACAGCUCCAUCUCCCCCGCCGAAGCACUCCAAGGUGGUGAUGCCUCCUCCUCCUCGGCCGUCAGCGUCGGCACCGAGUGGCUCCGCGUUGCCGCCUCCGACGCCUGCUCCGUCGGCGGCGGCGAAGGUGGGUUUGAUCGGCGGUUUAAUUGUGUUGGUUUUGUUGGUUCAUAUAGUUUGA